AUGGCUGAGCACCAGAGGCAGCGCUCUCUGUCCACCGCCGGUGAGUCUCUCUACCAUGUGCUGGGAGUGGAGAAGGUGGCCACAACGGAUGAUAUCAAGAGAUCUUACAGGUUAGAUUCACAACUACCAACCUUAUGUCAUGAAAACAACAAACUGUGCUGUCAUUUCAUUUCAUAUCAUUGUCCUUUCUUGCCAACUUAAUACACUAGGAAACUGGCCCUGAAGUUCCACCCUGACAAGAAUCCUGACAAUCCAGAGGCAGCUGAUAAAUUCAAGGAGAUUAACAACGCUCAUGCAAUCCUGAAUGACCCAACGAAGCGUAACAUUUAUGACAAAUAUGGCUCUCUGGGACUUUAUGUGGCUGAGCAGUUUGGGGAGGAGAAUGUUAACACUUACUUUGUCCUUUCAAGCUGGUGGGCAAAGGUAAGACUAAGCACCAUAUCCUCUGCUUUGUGUUAUUUUUCAUGUGAUUCUUGUCUCACUUUUCAUCACACAUGAACACUUUAUCCAUGACUCUUCUUGCUUGCAGGCUUUGUUUGUAUUCUGCGGCCUGGCCACUGGCUGCUACUUCUGUUGCUGCCUGUGUUGCUGCUGUAACUGCUGCUGUGGAAAAUGUAAACCACGGCCUCGGGAGGGCCAGGAGCAAGAGUUUUAUGUGUCCCCUGAGGACCUGGAGGCUCAACUGCAGUCUGACGAGAGAGGUGAGAGUUAAUUACCUGUGUCAUUUCCCCUAUUUUGAAUAUAUUUUAUUGGUAUGUUGACAGAAAGAGCCUCGAUGCAUAUACUGAGGAUGUCUGUUUGUUUUUAAAGCAGAGGCUGGAGGUGACCCUAUAAUGUUGCAACCAUCAGCCACAGAAACAACCCAGCUAACAUCAGAUGGGUACCAUUCCUACCACACUGACACUGGCUUCAACUAA